AUGUACUUUAAUGACGUAAGUUGUUCUGAUGAGCUUACGACUGCAAAUUUAUUCUCUGACUUAUUUUCUUCAUUUUAUAGCACUAAGAAGAAUGAUGUUGCGAUUGAUCAACUAGGAAUACUCACCUUUGAUCUACCAAACAAUAUAUACUUUAGUGUUGAUGAUAUUUACUAUAGGCUAUCUUAUCUACAGGGUGUUGGUUCUGCUGGUCCUGACGGUCUCUUUGGUAUAUUUUUAUAUGAGCUAAGGGAAAUGUUGGCAAAUCCUCUAUUGGUCUUAUUUAGGUGUUCUUUAGAUAAUGGUUCGUUCCCAUCUAUGUUUAAACUUAGCUCAAUUACACCUGUUUUCAAGUCAGGGUGUCAUAGUUUGAUUUUGAAUUAUCGGCUAAUAACCAUAAAAUCUCAUGUUGUAAAAAUAUUUGAAGCGCUGAUCCUUAAUAUAAUUCAAGGACCAACAAACAACAUUCUAAUAGAAGAACAGCAUGGUUUUUGUUUAGGUCAUUCUGCUUCCACUUGUAAUCUUUUAUUUUCUAGCUAUAUCUUUAAUACUUUUCAAAAACAAUCCCACAAACAUGUAUAUGAACAUGUAGGUGGGUUGGUAUAUAGUUUUGAUGUGGCUCUAAAAAUACAUUUUAAUUUCAUAUUGUUUUAUUUUUGAAAAUAAAAAUCCAAAUUGUACAAUCCGCAUAAUAUAAUAAUAUAAAUUGUAAAUAUUAUUCAGCGGUACAUUAUGCUACUCGACUUUUACAUUGUAAUUUUUAGCUAAAGGAGAGUACCAUAGGUACUUAUUAAAAAUGUAUAUAACCCUGUAAAAUAUUUAUAUAAUUUUUUUGCGCUGGAUCGCUGGCUACAAUAUUUUAUUAGUGCAAUCACGUUGUAUUAAACUUGUAUGGUUACGUUGUAUUAUAUUAUUAAUAUACAAAUUGUAUUACAUAUAUUUUACAUUUUUAUAAUAAAAGCACAGGAGAUUAUGUAUUUUAUAUACAUACGGUAUUAUAAAAAGGAAAACAAAAAUUACAUUUAAGGAAUUUAAUCCCUCUGUGAACAAGGUAUCAAGCUCAAAAAAUCUUCAAAAAUAAAAAUACAUUAAAAAAGACCUAGAUGGUGAACUGAUUUGAACGAAAAAUCAAUGUUUUUUUUAAAAGUAUUUUUAAGUUUGUCGAUAUUUUUAAAUGUAACAUUGAAAUUUCGUUACCAAGCCGACUAGCCACUACUCAAUUUUCAACCCGAAUUCUUGCUCCAAUCAAAAACUCCGUAGAAGAUUUCUUAUAGAAACCAUCAUUACGUGCAUUUUUCCUACUUUCUAAGUUUUCUCAAUUAUUAAGAAAAUGUCAAGGAAAAUAAAAAACAACUUACAUACAUUACAUAAUAAAGCAAGAUUUCUGGUAGAAAUUUGUGUCAACGUAUAUAAAAGAAAAAGAUAUCAUUGUAAAUCUAAUAGGUACAUUUUUCGCUACACUCAGAAUCUGAAAUUUAAAUAAAAUUAAAUAUUUCCGAUUUUGAUUAUACAAAAUAUAUUAUUUUAUCAUAUCUUUGCAAAUUGAUUGUUCUCACUUAAUUUUCCAUAAUUCUAUCUCACCCUCGAGAGAAUAUUUAUUGAAAUUUAUAAAUGAGUAGUGUUUUAUUCUUGUUUCAAUCAAAAUAUUUCCAAUUUUAAUUAUUUGUACUAAAGAAUUAUGGUAAUUUUGUAUAAUAAAAAAGAACAUCACACAGUUCACGGGAAGAAAGGGUGAUUGCUCUCCUCUCCACUCCCCUCGCCCCUCUUUUCAGAGACACAGAUGGCUUAAAAGCUGUUAGAGAAAUUGAAAUUGUAAAUAUUUGUGGUAAAGAUUUUAUAACUAUUGGUGGAACAAGAGUUAUAGAUUAUCUUCACAUUAUGGAUUUGGCUGAAUGUCAUGUUAGUGCAUGACAGAAAAUACAAAAGUCUAAUGAUAGUGGAGUUAUUGCCAUAAAUUUGAGUACUGGAAAUGGAUUUUCUGCAUUACAAGUAAUAAAUUCAAUUUACAUCUAAUAAAAAAAUAUUUAAAUGGCUAAUAAAACUUAUUUUUUGUACCUUAAUUUCUAACAUUUAAAAUUUUAAACUAUACACAAAUGUAGAGAUAGUAAAAUUUUAGAUUUAAUUUGUUAUAAUCUAUAUAUUUUUCAUUCCUACAAACUAUUAACUAUGAUUAAUGUUCAGCACUGAAUAGUCUUUAAAAUUAAUUUUACCUUGUAAUAAAAUUUAUAUAAAUAUUGUGUUUUUAUUGUUUUUAGAUAAUAAACAUGUUUAGUCAAGUUAGCAAAAAAAAAAAAAAAAUAAAAUAUGAAUUGGUUGAUCGUCCACCUGGUUAUUAUGAUUCUUCUUAUUGUGAUGUAUCUUUUGCUAAAGAAUAUCUUGGAUGGGAAGCUAAGAGAACUUUAAAAGAAAUGUGUGAAGAUACAUUGAGAUGGCAAUCAUUAUAUCCUCGAGAGUUUUCUACUGAAACAUAA